AUGUCAACACCGGUGACGACUUCAACCCCCGAAGGAUCGGCGACUACUAUCGGACCUCAGCACCCCAUCCUUUAUUAUGUCCAUAAACGGCCACAUUGCGACGAAUUUCUCCGUAAAGUAUGCAAAUGGUACAAACUGGUUGUUUUUACCGCUAGCGUCCAGGAAUACGCAGAUCCAGUUAUUGACUGGCUCGAGCAAGAACGCAAAUACUUUCAUCGUCGAUACUAUCGGCAACACUGUACAUUACGGAAUGGCGCCUAUAUCAAAGACCUCAGCUCUGUAGAGCCGGACCUGAGCAAGGUGAUGAUUUUGGAUAACAGUCCUAUGAGCUACAUUUUUCAUGAAGAUAACGCCAUUCCUAUCGAGGGCUGGAUCAACGACCCUACAGACAACGACCUCUUACAUCUCAUCCCAAUUCUAGAGGCGUUACAGUACGUAACUGAUGUUCGUGCUCUUCUUGCACUACGACGCGGAGAAGCAGAAGCACAAUAG